UACAAAAAACACCUCAUUUAAGAUUUUACCUCCGAGCCACAUCAAUGACUAAACAUAAACAAGUAUUUAGUAAUCAUUUAUCCUUAUCGAAGCUUUGCGAGUUUCAUUUUAUUCGGAGAUAAGACUACGUCUGAAUCAAGAGAUAUCCGCACGAGGCAGGCAGUUUAAUAGUGCAUUCUUUAUGAAGAUAGUAUCCUCGGUUGCUUAGAAAUAUGGCGUUGGGUAAGAGAAUUGAAGUUCUCGAGAAAAAUGUCCAACUUGCUAUGGCCAAUGCAGUUGGUCCUGAAGUGCAGAUUGUCGAUUACAAACUUCGACCUUACUCAGAAGUGAAAGAAGGAUACGUUGCUGUUCACUACGCACUUGCGGUAAAUUACAAAUUACCCAAUAAUGCGCAAGUUCAAGUUUACCAUUUCUUCCUAAAGACAGCACACUCUUUAGACGUGGAAAAUGCAGAAGCUUUAGUAUUUCAAGAUAGUUUGCCGUUCCCGAGAGAAGUCAAUUUUUUCAAUAAAAUCAUUCCAUCUAUGUUGAAACACUUGAAAGGUGACUCCUUCGCCCCGAAAUGUUGGCUAGCAAUGAAGGAUAUGCUAUUUUUUGAAGACCUUGGGCUGAUCGGCUACUCUACAUCAAAAUUAAAAGUUCAGGACUACAGUAGUUUGAAGUGUCUAACAUCAACUCUUGGCCGAUUUCACGCAUCCUCCCUUUUGGCAGAGGCGGAGCUUGGAAAGCCUUUGAAUCAAGUGGAUCCAGAAAUUUUCGAGGAUGUCAUGUUUCUGCAGGAUAAAACAUUCUUGGGGGGAUUUCUAAACACUACUUUGACGAUGGUAGCCGAUCUAGUCAAGCUAUUUGGUUUCAAAUCUCCGAAUAUAGAUAAGUUACGUGACUUUCUUAUCGCGGCUGCAAAGCCUUCGCCAAAUAAAAUCAACGUGAUCAAUCACGGAGAUCUUUGGAAAAACAAUUACAUGCUGAACGCUGGUAAUCCACAAAAGUGCAUUUUGGUCGAUUAUCAAUGCCUUCGAUAUGCGUCUCCGGUUAUCGACUUGAAGAUGAUGUUGUACAUAAACUGUACUCCGGAGCAGCGGAAAAUGCAUGAACGCGAACUAAUCGAACACUAUCAUUCGGAGUUCUGCACGACACUCGAGCAAAGUGAUUUGAGUUUGAGAAUACCCGAGUUUGAAGAGAUUUGGAAAACCUAUGAAGAAUACAAACUUUUCGGUGUCACCUUCGCAGCUAUGUACUUACCGGGUUUGCUCAUGCCAGAAAGUGUACUGGGUAAAAUUCUGGGAGACCCGGUCAGUUUUAAGAGAUACGUUUUUGAAAAUAGGUCGGAAUUUGUCGUACCGCUAGUGAACAGUAAUCCAGAAUACGGAAGCGCAAUCAAGGAAAUCAUUCGGGAUCUUGUAGAAGUCGCCACAUAACCAAUUGCAGUACGUUGUAUGAGAUUACAAGAAAAAUGUCGAAGCUGUGUUUGAAAAAAAUGUAUUGCAAGAUUGAAUAAUAUGUAUUAUUUUCAAACUGUAUUCGUCAAUAAUUUUUGUACAAUAUUUAGACAAGUAAAAAAUAUUGUUUGCGUUG